AUGUCGAAACCAACAGCGUCAUCAUCAGGCUCCGAUGCCGUCGAUGAGGACUCCAAGCUCUGUCCCAAAUGCAACUUGGUACAGCCGACGAGUCUGUUUGAGACUCUCUCCAAAAGCCGGAAGGCGAACAAGUACUGUCGAGAUUGUCAACCUCCCUCUUCUCGCCGCGUGAGCCGAGACCUGGCUCCGGCUCCUCCUUCACUUCGACAUCGCGACCGCUUCGGCGGCGCGCCCGACAACAUCCCAGACGAUUUCGUCGACCCGCCGACUGGAUGGGAUGUCUCGAACAUAAGCGUCCGCAUCACCGAAUUGGUGACGAUGGUCUGCGCCCGCACCGCCCUGUGGGUGACGAUGGUCUGCGUCCGCACCGCUGAAUGGGUGACGAUUCAGAUGGGGGAGGACGACGCAGGCGACAUGAUGGAGAUGCUUCAGCAUGAGUGGCAGUGGUAUGUGCUCGUGUUGGUCGCAGCGGUGGUCAUGGUACUUGUUUGGGGUUGA